AUGGAUCGUAGGAAGGUGCUCAAGUUCAGGAAGGGUGCGGGUGCGUCGAAAGAGGGGGAUGCCGAGAUGGUUACUGAAGCUCAGCCGGCGGGGAUUGAUGUUGACUCCGAGUACGACAACUACAUCGAAUCCGACGACAACGACGCAGACCGGCAGUCCUUCUACGCCAGCACAGGCGGCGGCUCGCUCGCGUCAAGAGUGACAUCGUACCGGUACGAGAACGGGCGGCGCUACCACGCGUACCGCGAGGGAACGUACUACGCGCCCAACGACGAGGCCUACUCGCGCUACGAGACCAUUGUGCACCACCUGUGGCUGCUCACCCUGCACGACCAGCUCUUCCUCGCGCCGCUCUCCAACCCCGAGCGCAUCCUCGACAUCGGCACCGGCACGGGUCUCUGGGCCCUCGACAUGGCCGACUUCUUCCCCGCCGCCGAAAUCACGGCCACGGACCUGAGCCCGAUCCACCCGCCCAGCGUGCCGCCAAACGUGCACUUUGAGAUUGACGACGCCAACUCGCCCCUCACCUACCCACCCGCGCACUUUGACAUGAUCCACAUCCGCGGGCUGACAGGCUGCAUCAAGUCCUGGCCGACGCUGUACGCGCAGUGCCUCUCCGCGCUGAAACCGGGAGGGUGGAUAGAGCACCUCGAGUUCAGCGUGGAGACGAGCGCGAGCAAGACCAGCACGGGGUACAACGAGCAACUGCUCUCGGCGUUCAGCGUGUCGAUUCUGGACGCGGGCGCGCACCGGACGGGGAUGAGCUUCGACGUUGUCAAUGAGAUGCACGGGUUUCUGGCGGCGCCGGACAGUGGGUUCGUCGACGUGCACUCGCAGACGUUUGUGUGGCCUAUUGGGCCGUGGCCCAAGGAUCCACAUCUCAAGGAUUUGGGAAGGUGGGGCGAGCGCAAUUGGUGCGAUGGCGUCGAGGGCUGGGUUAUGGCGCUGUACACGCGGUUGCUGGGGUGGACGUACGACGAGGUCAAGGCGUUUGUGCGGGACUUCCAGGGCGUGAUCAAGGACCGCAGGGGCAGGCUGUGGCAGGAGGUGAGGGUUGUGUGGGCGCGGAGGCCGUUUGAGGGGGAGGUCGUGCGUGCUGAGGGUGCGGGAGGUGCGGGAGGUGCUGAGGGUGCUGAGGGUGCUGAGGGUGCUGAGGGUGCCGAGGGUGCCGAGGGUGCCGAGGGUGCCGAGGGUGCUGAGGGUGCUGGAGGGAAUGAAAUUGACGAGAUGAAUACAGAAAAGUGA